CGCACUUCUCUGCCGGCCGCAUAUUGGCGAGUGCAGCAUUUGUGUGCACAGAGGUUUACGGCUAGAAACUCCGCCUCCACUACAGUGGAGCUGCCGUACAUAGCAGAAUAACACGUGCGGACCCAUCAAAGAAAAGUUCGACUGAGCCAGUACGAGGAAUACAAGCGAGACAAUAUGUUUCCUACAAAACUGUCAAGUGGAGUGAAUCAGCUACAUAAAAAGUUGACACGGCGAUGUUUCCUUGCUAAGCCAAGCGGGCGGAUACUUUGCAGUUAUUAUAGCACCUGGCCAGCGGCAAAGAAGAGCCCGUCUUUUGACUACGUUAUUGUGGGGGCCGGCUCUGCUGGUUGUGUACUGGCAAACAGGCUUUCCGAAAAUAAGGAUGAAUCAGUGCUCCUUCUCGAGGCUGGUCCCAAGGAUUUAUUUCUCAACAGCACCCGAUUGUCCUGGAAGAUACACAUGCCAGCAGCACUUACAUACAACCUCUGCAAUGACAAGUACAACUGGUUCUACCACACUACACGGCAGAGACACAUGGAUGGACGGGUGAUGUACUGGCCCCGCGGUCGUGUGUGGGGAGGCUCCUCUUCCCUCAACGCCAUGGUCUACAUCCGAGGUCAUGCUGAAGACUACAACCGAUGGCACCGAGAGGGUGCCACUGGCUGGAACUAUGAGCACUGCUUGCCUUACUUUAAGAAGGCCCAGACUCAUGAGCUGGGCGCAGACCGGUAUCGGGGGGGUUCUGGGCCUCUACAUGUUUCCCGGGGAAAGACAGACCACCCGCUGCACCAUGCCUUCAUUCAGGCUGGUCAGCAAGCUGGAUAUCCCUUCACAGAUGACAUGAACGGCUACCAGCAGGAGGGAGUAGGGUGGAUGGACAUGACCAUCUAUAAAGGAAAGCGAUGGAGCACAGCUAGUGCCUACUUGCGCCCUGUGUUAGCCAGACCAAACCUGACAGCACAGGUCCGAUGCCUGACCACCAAGAUCUUGUUCCAGGGCAGCAAAGCCAUUGGGGUUGAGUAUAUACAGAAUGGAGAGAAGAAAAAGGCGUUUGCUGAAAAACAGGUCAUUCUGAGCGGAGGUGCCAUCAACUCGCCACAGGUCCUUAUGCUGUCUGGGGUGGGAAACGCAGAUGACUUGAAAAAACUUGACAUUCCUAUUGUGUCACAUCUCCCAGGUGUUGGCAGUAACCUACAGGACCACAUGGAGAUUUAUGUUCAGCAGGAGUGCACCAAGCCCAUCACCCUCUACAAGGCCCAAAAGCUUCCUUAUAUGAUGAAAAUUGGCCUAGAGUGGCUUCUAAAGCAAACAGGGUACGGUGCCACUGCACACUUGGAGAGCGGGGGUUUCAUCCGAAGCCGUGCCGGUGUCUCCCACCCCGAUGUUCAGUUCCACUUCCUCCCAUCCAUGGUAGUAGACCAUGGGCGUGCCAAGUCCAAAAUGGAAGCCUUCCAAGUUCAUGUUGGACCAAUGAGAAGCACCAGUAAAGGAUCGAUUAAGUUGAAGAGCAAGAACCCUCUGGAACACCCAAUCAUAGAGCCCAACUACCUUUCCACAGAGGAGGAUGUGUGGGAGUUCAGAGAGUGUGUGAAGCUGUCCAGGGAGAUCUUCGCACAAAGGGCCUUCGAUGAGUUCCGUGGACGGGAGCUGUUACCAGGCAGCCAGGUGCAGUCGGACAGGGAGAUCGACGCUUUCGUGAGACAGAAAGCGGAGAGUGCCUACCACCCCUCCUGUACUUGCAAGAUGGGUCAGCCCACAGACCCAAUGGCGGUGGUGGACCCCGAGGCAAGGGUGCUGGGUGUGGAGAACCUGCGAGUGGUCGACGCGUCCAUAAUGCCCAGCAUGGUGAGCGGGAAUCUCAACGCCCCCACCAUCAUGAUUGCGGAAAAGGCCGCUGAUGCCAUCAAGGGCGUCCCGACGCUGCAUGAUCCAGGCGUCCCUGUGUACCAGCCACCGACCACGGAAAGGCAGCAGUGAGCAUGAGGACAAGGGAACGACAGCGCUGUCUAGGCCGUGGUUAUUUUUCAACACUAACUCUGGGGACUAUGACAUCUUAAUACUAGCUUUAAUUUUUUUCUUUGUAAUUUUAUAAUAUAUUAUAAUUGAAAUUAUUAUAAACUGUACGUUAUCUUUAAGGAUUGCAUCUCAAAUAGGGAAGACUAUGUGCCUUAGAAAAUGUAGGGUAUUUCAAAUCUGUGAAUGCUGCUACUAAGAGAAACAUAUCACACAUGAUUUUAAUAUUUAUGAUAUAUACACAACAAUUAAUGGGGUAAGAACUGGAAACGUCUUAAAAUUGCAUAUGAGUGUGUGUAAGCUAUUAACUAUGUUUACUGAUUUUUGAGUAAUUUUCAUCUUUCAGUACUUAUCUAAGAACAUUUUCUUGUUUUUACUAAUGAAUAAUUGAACCUCACAGUAUUAUAACUUAAUUAUGCAGUAGCAGAAUGAGCCAUUAUGUGUAAUUUAUUUUCUAAUAAAUUUUAUUA